CACCGCCAAUUUUACAAUUACUUAAUAAAUACGAAAUUUGAAAAUUAUUUUUAAAAAAAUGGACAAAAAUUUAAAUUUAAAAACCCAAAUACCGAAGCCCAAACCUCCGACCCCAGCGAGUUGGGAACGGUCUUCGUCUUCUUCAUCCGCCUUCUCUCUCUACUUUCUCUCUCUCUCUCUCUGUUCUUAACUUUUUUGUUCUGCUUUUCUGAUUGCUCUGUACACUGCGGCGCUGUUCUUCUUUUUGCUCUUUUCCUUUUGUAUUUGUUUCCCCGUUUACGCCCGCCGGCCCGCGCUGUCCUGGAUUUUCCUUCUUUCAUUCUGUAUAUAAUACUGCUCAACUUUUUGAAGGUUGGAUACUCAACUGCUGCCACUUGAUUUUCAGCUUUAUUUGUCCCUUGGAAUAACCGAAGACGAGUAUGAAUCACUGCGGCAUUCUGUCGAACACCUUCUCGGGUCACGACGAGGAGAUGAGGACCUCUGUUCCGCGUCCCGUUUCAGACGUUAGAGAUCAUAUUGUUUGCCCUAAACCACGGCGUCUUAGUAAUCUACAGGUCGCCGUCAACGGCCACGCCGAUAGCUUUUUCCGGUGGAAUGUUUGUCACCAAGUUGAGCAAAUUGACAUGGCAGCCGGACCGGAUCUACUUGACUUCCUGCUGAAAAAGGAUUGUCGCAGCGUGGAUCAAUCGUUUACGCAGUUGGCUUCGACGCCCCCUUUUUUACGUGGGUCUCCGCCGAGCAGAGUAGCCAACCCAUUGAUUCAGGACGACCGUUUUGGGGAUGAAAAUUUCAUCCCCUUUUCACCGAUCGCUUCACCGUCAGGUCAGUUGUCGCCCCCUACAGCAACCUCCAGGAAGGGAGGCGGCCUAGUAAGGGCGAGUUUUGGGAACAAACCAACGGUGAGGAUUGAGGGUUUCGAUUGCCUGGACAGGGAUAGGCAAAAUUGCAGCAUCCCUGCCUUCGCUUAGAAAACCCAUCUCAAUUUCAAAUCCAUAGAAUACAAAGAUCUCCAAAUACAAUUUGCCCUUCUUUUGUGAAUACUUUUGAAGUGUUCUUUGAAAUGUAAAUGAAAAUCAAUUCCCAUGUAUACAAAAGCUAUGUAUUUUUAAGCUUUUUUUGUCUUUUUUUCAUUUUUUUGAGUCGAUCAAGAACAAGCAACGAUGCGUGGAUGGUCAACCUCUUGUAUUAUAUUUUUGUACUUAGAAGUAAGUCCUAAGGUUGAGGAAAUUUUCAUUGUUGUUCGCUGGUUUUGGGAUGAUUUGUGAGAGAGAGUGAGAGGCAAUUUGUAGAUAUUGCAGAAGAACUUGAAAUGGAGUCUGUAGAAUUGAUCAACAUGUUGAUAUAUUGUAGAACAUUUCUUAUUCUUAAUCUCUGUUCAUCAUCUU